AGUUGGUCCAUAUCGGCACACAUAUUGUCUCCCCUAUCAAAGGGUCUGUUUAAGAGGGCUAUUAUGCAAAGCGGGGCCCUUAUGUUUAAUAGGGACAGACCGGUGUUCAGUACUGUUGAGGGCCUUCAAAAGGCUAAGGAUUUGGCGAAAAAACUAAAUUGUGAUGAAUAUGACUACAAAUGGUUGGACUGUUUGCGAGCCAUUGAUGUUGAGCUAAUGGCUGGUGUAACGGGUGAUGAGGGCUGGCUGUUAUCCAUGGGUAUAAUACCUGAAAUGCGGACACAAAUAUCGGUUGAACUGUUUCUGAGAGCUGUCUCUGCAAUAAGGACUCAAUUUCAUAAUAUAGAUCCAAACGAAGUGUCCGAUCAUUACAUCAAAAGUAUUAACACAACAAAUGUGUCUCAACUGAAGGGUGCGUUGAGCCAACUCUACGGGCAUUUAUUGGUUACAUGUCCGACCUAUCACUUCGCCAAACAAUUUGCCAAAAGUAAGCCUGGGUUAGUCGACCGGUGCCGUGAUACCACAUGCCACGGGGCGGACUUGCCGUUUGUGUUUGGACUACCGCUUAGGGAUCAACAAAUGUUUACGGAAACUGAUUAUGACUUCAGUAUAGAUGUAAUGAAAAUGUGGACUAAUUUUGCUAAAUAUGGGUGUGUUUGCGAUGAGACUAAUAGUGUUGUCGUGAAUACGAGUUCGGGUGGAGUGAGGGGACAGACACUGAAUGUUGUGAAUCACAAAAUCAAUCAAUUCUUGAAUAUACCUUAUGCUGAGCCCCCGGUGGGCCCACUCAGGUUCAGUUCACCACAACCCCUCAAAACCCCUAAACAGGCUGUCAUCGAUGGCACAGUUAAAGGCAAUUCAUGUAUACAACCAAAAGUCGAGGGACUUAAAGAUUUUUUAGGUGAACUGACCACAAGUGAGGACUGUUUGGUACUUAACAUAUGGACACCUAAUGUGAACACUAAUGACACUAAUGAAUCAAAAUCACAACUAAAAGCCGUUAUGUUUUGGAUAUACGCUGGAGGAUGGACUGUGGGCUCAAUAUUUCAAGACAUUUAUAACGGAAGUGUUUUGGCCACCAAUGAUGUGGUCAUUGUUUCCGUUAACUAUAGACUCGGACCCUUAGGUUUCUUAUACGGUGGCGAUCAUACCAGUCCUGGAAAUCUGGGUUUAUAUGACCAGUUGUUGGGUCUUAAAUGGGUCCGAGAAAAUAUACAUAAAUUUGGUGGGGAUAGGGAUCAGAUCACUAUAUUUGGUGAGAGCGCCGGUAGUUGGUCCGUAUCGGCGCACAUAUUGUCUCCCCUAUCAAAGGGACUGUUUAAGAGGGCUAUUAUGCAAAGCGGAUCCGUUUUGUAUAAUAAGGACAGACCGGCGCUCAGUACUGUUGAGGGCCUCCAAAAGGCUAAGGAUUUGGCAAAAAGACUUAAUUGUGAUAAAUAUGACUACAAAUGGUUGGACUGUUUGCGAGCCAUUGAAGACCCAAACCUUUUCAUAGAGUUUCCCAAAUAUGGAAAUAUGAUUGAAUUCACUCACGCAGUGUUUGGCACUCAAUUCCUACCCGUUUUACCACAAAAAGCAUUUAAACCCAAUUUAGAUGUAGAUUUAAUGGUCGGCGCCACCAAAGACGAGGGCCCUGUCCUGGCUGUCAGUUGUGUCCCAGAAAUGAGGGCUCAUUUAACAGUCGAGUCGUUCAAAAGAGCUGUGAAUAGACUGAGCGAUGAAUACCGUAAUAUAGAUGUGGAGGAAGUGUCCGAUUAUUAUCUCAAAAGUAUUGACACAACAAAUGAGUCCCAAUUGAAGAGAGCGUUGAGUGCACUCUAUGGGGAUUUGGUCAUCACGUGUCCGACCUAUCACUUCGCCAAACAAUUUGCCAAAAGCUGUAUUGGGGACACCAUAUGUGAUGCCGCAGAAUUACCAUUUGUUUUUGGAUUACCCCUUAGAUAUCAACACAUGUUUACGGAAACUGAUUACGACUUCAAAAUGUAUUACAUGCUCAUAACUCUACUCGUAUGGCUGUCUAUAACCAUCAGUCCCAUCGCCAAUAUAGACGUGAAGACCACAUCGGGAACAGUGAGGGGACAGACCAUCGAUGUGUUGGGAAAACGGGUCAAUGUGUUCACUGGUAUACCAUAUGCUGAACCACCGGUCGGUUCGCUCAGGUUUGCCAAACCAAAGGCAAUUGAAAAACCACUUCCGGGUAUCAUCGAUGCUACCAAACCUAAGGGCUCCUGUAUACAGGGCGGUGCUGAUGAUAGCGAGGACUGCCUGUUUGUGAACGUAUGGGCCCCAUAUCAGCCUAAUACAAGUGCCAGCCUAUUACCAGUCAUGUACUGGGUAUUUGGGGGUGGACUGGGCUCAGGGUCUAUUUUCUACCCCAUGUACGACGCGAAAGCAAUUUCUACGUACGAUGUGGUGGUCGUGUCGGUUAACUAUCGGCUCAAAGCACUGGGAUUUUUAUACGGAGGGCCAGGAUCUGAAGUGCCCGGGAAUAUGGGUUUCUAUGAUCAGGCGUUGGGACUUGAGUGGGUGAGAGACAAUAUUCAUAUGUUUGGCGGCAAUAAGGAUAUGGUGACCAUAUUUGGAGAGAGCGCCGGCAGUUGGUCCAUAUCGGCACUGGUACUAUCGCCAGUAGCACAUGGAUUAUUUCACCGGGCCAUACUUGAAUCAGGGGCUGACCUGCAUAACCAAAAAGGUGGCGGAGCUCUGAACACAGCGAAAGCAUUGAGUGAAACCAAACUACUGUCCAAACACUUUAACUGUACGGAUGAACACAAAUGGUUGGACUGUUUGAGAGCAUUGCCGGCCAAAAGGUUUCUUGAGUACGAGAUAACGUUAGCGCCAUUGGAUGGCACGGAGUUCCUGCCCCUCGCCGCUCAACAGGCCUUCCAACAGCUUAAGUAUAAUGACGUGGAUCUGAUAGCAGGGGUGACCCGUAAUGAGGGCUCAUAUUUGGCCCAAAAGUUUGUGAAAUACACGCCCGAAGUGUUCGCGCAAAUCGUACGCAAAAUGAAUGACUAUUUUCACGAAUUGAAUGUCGAGGAAGUGGUCGACCAUUAUCUGAAAGACGUCGACAAAAGCAGUUCCGAUGCCAUUCGUUGGCGUUAUUAUGACUUAUUCGGCGAUCUUCUCAUGACUUGUCCCACGUAUCUGUUCGCCAGACACCUGGCCGAACAGUCUGUCCACCGGAAUGUCUACUUCUAUGAGCUCACAUACCAGAGCGACGGCCGGUUAGGCGGUUGCGAUGAGAAGACUAUGGGUAUCUGUCACGGAUCGGAACUGGAGUUUGUUUUCGGUAGGUCUGUGCUCAUUGGACCCACAGCUAAGAAACUGGACGUAGAUUUCAGUCGCGAGGUUAUGACCUAUUGGACUAAUUUCGCUAAAAAUGGAGUGCCCACAAGUGACACAAAAUGGCCAAAACUGUCCGAUAAAGGGAUCGUAAAGGACUUGAAUCCACACGACUUCAGCAAAACUCUGAACCAACCAUUUAAGGCCACUUGCGAUCAGUUUUUCGCCAAUUAUUUUAAAUGAUGACAUAUUUUAAGAUAUAUUUUAAUUAAUUGAAUAAGAUCAUUAAAAAGUU